ACACUUGUUGCUCUACGUCACGAGUACUACUCUGUACUUUGUAUUAUAUAUAUAUUCUUGUAUGUUACAAUGACACAAUAUGUUUUUGGUAAUUCCACGACGAAAUGACCCAAAAAGAGAGACUAAUGUUUCCUCCUCACGGAGUUGUGAAACCGGUUUCAGGACCCCGGCCAAUCGGCGUCCAGUGCGGCGUCUCCGCCCACGCUGUCCUUCUCUGAGCAGUAUGGCCGCCGUCUUGUAGCCAUCUGUGUUAGCCUUGAUUCACUUUCUAAUCUUUAUUCUGUAAAAACAUGUCGGCAUUAUUAUUCUUGAGGAAGUCACUGAGCAGACUCCCCCCGAGUGUGGCUCGGCAGGUUGUCAGCUCCUGUUAUCACACAGAGAGAGGAGUUUACGGGUACCGACCCAAACAGAGGGAGAGCCAGCACAACUUACAGAGUGAGCGCAUCGCGGCGCUCAACCAAGAUCAUGGCCUUGCUCGUCUGGUGGAGGCAUACAGAGCACAUGGACACAAGUCUGCUAAAAUUAACCCAUUACUACCUAAAAUGCCUGUUGCUGACAGCGUCCCGGAGAUUGACACGCUGAGUGACACCAUCACAGGACAACUCAACACCUCAGGUCUACGGCACUUUGGCAAAGCAGAGGCUUCAGUAGAGGAGGUUCAGGCCUACCUGAAGGAAGCAUACUGUGGACACCUGUCAGUAGAGACCAGUCAGCUGAGCAGCCUGGAGGAGAGAGAAUGGUUCGCUGACCGCUUUGAGGAACUCAAGAAGACAAGUUUCUCCACAGAGGAGAGGAAACAGCUGGCUAAGAUCAUGCUGGAGUCUCAGGAAUUUGACCACUUUCUGGCCACCAAGUUUGCUACUGUGAAACGUUACGGAGGAGAGGGAGCAGAGAGCAUGAUGGGAUUCUUCCACGAGCUUUUCUAUCAGCUUGCGCACAGUGGAGCUACUGACAUUAUCAUCGGCAUGCCGCACAGAGGCCGACUCAACCUCCUGUCAGGCCUGCUGAAGUGCCCACCAGAGCUCAUGUUCAGAAAGAUGCGCGGCCUCAGUGAAUUCCCCGACACCUCGCCUGCCACCGGGGACGUCCUCUCCCACCUCACCUCCUCAGUGGAGUUGGAUUUCGGAGCUGCACACCCUAUUCAUGUGACCAUGCUGCCCAACCCGUCCCACCUGGAGGCGAUCAACCCUGUGGCUCAGGGCAAAGCCAGAGCCAGGCAGCAGCUGAGGAAAGAGGGAGACUAUUCAUCUGAAGACAAUGCACAGCCGGGAGACCAAGUCGUCUGCCUGCAGGUCCACGGUGAUGGUUCUUUCACUGGCCAAGGGAUCGUUCCUGAAACUUUGACCAUUUCAAACCUCCCUCACUACAGAGUUGGUGGAAGCAUCCACCUCAUUGUGAACAAUCAAGUGGGAUACACCACUCCAUCUGAGAGAGGGAGAUCCUCUCUGUACUGCAGCGAUGUGGGUAAGAUGGUGAACUGUGCUGUGAUCCAUGUAAAUGGUGAUGAUGCAGAGGAGGUGCUGCGGGCCACUCGGCUGGCUGUAGAUUAUCAGCGACUCUACAGGAAAGACGUCAUCUUGGAUCUGAUCUGCUACCGCCAGUGGGGCCACAACGAGCUGGAUGAGCCUUUCUUUACCAACCCGGCCAUGUACAAGGUCAUCCGAUCCCGUAAGAGCGUCCCUGACUCCUACUCAGAUCAGCUGAUCUCUGAAGGGCUGAUGACCGAUGCAGAGCGAGAUGAAAUCAAGUCCAAGCACUACAGCACGCUCAAUGACAAGCUGUCCAACAUGAUGCUGUACAGCCCCCCACCCACCAACCUUCAGGGCCGCUGGGGGGACCUGGUGGAACCUCAGACCAAAGUCACCACCUGGGACACAGGUGUCCCCAUUCCCCUGCUGCAGUAUGUUGGGGCAAAAUCUGUGGACAUCCCUGAGGAAACCCAGCUGCACAGUCACCUAGGAAAGACACAUGUACAGGCUCGGUUGCAGAAGUUAGAAGAUGGGAGCAAGCUGGACUGGUCCACAGCAGAGGCCUUGGCUUUUGGCUCUCUCCUCUCUCAGGGCUUUAAUAUUCGAAUCAGCGGACAGGAUGUUGGUAGAGGCACGUUUAGUCAGCGACACGCAAUGGUUGUGUGUCAAGAAACGAACGACAUGUACAUCCCUUUAAACCACAUCAGCCCAGAGCAGACAGGCUUCCUGGAGGUGUGUAACAGCCCGUUGUCGGAGGAGGCGGUGCUUGGAUUUGAAUAUGGCAUGAGUAUCGCACAGCCGAAGCUGCUUCCUAUCUGGGAGGCUCAGUUUGGAGAUUUCUUCAACGGAGCACAGAUCAUCUUUGACACCUUCCUCUCUGGAGGUGAAGCUAAAUGGCUGCUGCAGUGUGGGAUGGUGAUCCUGCUGCCUCACGGUUACGAUGGAGCCGGACCUGAACACUCGUCCUGUCGUAUGGAGCGCUUCCUGCAGAUGUGUGACAGUAAAGUGGAGGGUGUGGACAGCGACACUGUGAACAUGGCCCUGGUCAAUCCCACCACAUCCGCUCAGUACUUCCACCUGCUCAGAAGACAGAUGAUCCGAAACUUCCGCAAACCUCUCAUUGUGGUUGGACCUAAGACUCUGCUCAGAUUUUCUGGAGCAGCUUCCAGUCUGGCUGAACUGGCUCCAGGAACAUCUUUCAGACCUGUGAUAGGUGAUACUUCAGUCUCAGCAGGAAGUGUCCAGAGGGUGGUGCUGUGCUCAGGGAAGCAUUACUAUGCCCUGCUGAAGCAGAGGGACACAUCAGCAGCCAACCAGAACACUGCACUCAUCCGUGUGGAGGAACUGUGCCCAUUCCCACUGGAGGCUCUGCAAAAGGAGCUCGCAAAAUACCCCAAUGCCAAAGAAUUUGUUUGGAGUCAGGAGGAGCCUCAGAACAUGGGUCCCUGGUCGUUUGUGGCUCCUAGGUUUGAGCAGCAGCUGGCCUGCAAGCUUCGGUUAGUGAGCAGACCUGCUCUGCCCGCCCCUGCUGUCGGCAUUGGAUUCCUCCAUCACCAGCAGCAAGAGGAAAUCCUCACUGCUACCUUCUCAUAACGCUAGACAACACUGGAACCAGUGACAACCUCUAAACAUGUAUCAGUGCGACACUACAUACUGUAUCUGCUGUGGUCCUACCAACACCGUCUCUAAAUGUGCAGGGCUGCUGCACGGCAGAUACACGGGACCUUUUGAUGAUGUGGGUGUGCAGUUUUAAAAUUAGAUUGGUCAGUGGUGUAAACUAAAGUGCUAAAGGUGAUAGUUUUGAUAAUUGUAUUCAUAUUUUCAUAGUCAGACAGGUUUUUAUUAUAAUACUAAAGGUUUGAAGCAAGGCUGAAUCCUGUCUGCCCCUCUUGAUACACACUGUCUGUAUCCCCUCUGUACAUUUACAGCAUUAUGGUUAAAAAAGACAACUUCUUAUUCCGUCUUUAUUUUCAUUGAGGCCUUAGAGACAAUGUUUACAAUGUGAUUGUAGUGAAAAAGCACGUUUAACUGACCGUCAUGUUUGUAGCACUUGGGACUGUAACUGCAUGAACCCUCUAAAAGCAACAUUUCUGAAAACACUGCUGAGUCAUCUCACACCGUCAGUCUGCCUGAUUUGUUCAUUUUUGUGCUUAAAAUAUCAUAAACUGAAAAGAAUCUA